AUGGAAGGCCGCGGCGGCGAGGAUGGGGUGGGCGAGCGCAGCCCGCUGCUGGGCGAGGGCGGCCGGCAGUGGCGGUCCGGGAGCGCGGGCGCGGGCCCGGCGGCGGCGUUCGCGGGGCGGCGCGCGGCCUGCGGGGCCGUGCUCGUGGCCGAGCUCCUGGAGCGCGCCGCCUUCUACGGCAUCACCUCCAACCUGGUGCUCUUUCUGAAUGGCACCCCGUACGACUGGGAGGGCGCGCAGGCCAGCCAGGCGCUGCUGCUCUUCAUGGGCAUCACGUACCUGGUGUCGCCCUUCGGCGGCUGGCUGGCCGAUGCCCUGCUGGGCAAGUGCCGCGCCAUCCUGCUCAGCCUCGCCCUCUACCUGCUUGGCAUGCUCAGCUUCCCGCUUGUGGCCGCACCAGCCACCCGCGCCGGCCUCUGCGGCGACCUCCCGCUCAGCCCGCUGGACAACAGCUCGCAACCCUUCCCCAAUGGCAGCGACCCCGGCGGCGGCGGAGUGGGGGGCGGCCGAUACUGCGCCCGGGCGGUGUACGCCGGGCUGGUCAUCGUCGGGCUCGGUGUGGGCACCGUGAAGGCCAACAUCACCCCAUUCGGAGCCGAUCAGGUUAAAGAUCGAGGUCCAGAAGCUACUAGAAGAUUUUUUAAUUGGUUUUAUUGGAGCAUUAAUUUGGGAGCAAUUCUUUCAUUGGGAGGCAUUGCAUAUAUUCAACAGAACAUGAGUUUUGUUAUUGGAUACAUCAUCCCAACAGUUUGCAUUGGAGUUGCAUUCAUGGUAUUCCUCUGUGGUCAGAGCUUUUUUAUCACCAAACCUCCUGAUGGCAGUGCUUUUACUGAUAUGUUCAGGAUUUUGGCAUAUUCCUGCUGUUCACGGAAACGAUUCAGGGAGCGUAGGAGCAGCAGAGAAACCAUUGGAGUAUUUCAGCAGUCUCGUAAACAAAGUCUGUUUGAUUCAUGUAAAUUGUCCCGUGGAGGGCCAUUUACAGAAGAUAAAGUGGAAGAUGUAAAAGCCCUAGUCAAGAUUAUCCCGGUUUUCUUGGCUUUGAUACCUUACUGGACAGUAUAUUUUCAAAUGCAGACAACAUAUGUUUUGCAGAGUCUUCAUUUGAGAAUCCCAGAAAUUUCAAGUAUUACAACCACUCCACAUACGUUUCCAGCAGCCUGGCUGACUAUGUUCGAUGCAUUGCUGAUCCUGGUCCUUAUACCUGUAAAGGAUAAACUAGUAGAUCCUAUUUUGAAGAGAAAUGGUUUGCUGCCAUCAUCUUUAAGAAGGAUUGCAGUUGGCAUGUUCUUUGUCAUGUGCUCAGCAUUAGCUGCAGGAAUUUUAGAGAGUAAAAGACUGAACAUUGUGAAGGAGAAAACAAUUAAUCAGACAAUUGGAAAUGUCACCUACCAUGCUGCUGAUUUGCCAAUAUGGUGGCAGGUUCCACAGUACGUGUUGAUUGGAAUGAGUGAAAUAUUUGCAAGUAUAGCAGGACUGGAAUUUGCAUAUUCAGCUGCUCCAAAAUCUAUGCAGAGUGCCAUAAUGGGAUUAUUCUUUUUCUUCUCUGGAGUUGGGUCAUUUUUUGGCUCAGGAUUGUUGGCAUUGGUAUCGGUGAAAGGCAUUGGAUGGAUGAGUAAUCACACAGACUUUGGUAACAUUAAUGGCUGCUACCUGGACUACUACUUUUUCCUGCUGGCUGCUAUCCAAGGAGUGACCCUCCUGCUUUUCCUCAUUGUCUCCGUGAAAUAUGACCGGCAACGAUCUCGGGCCAAUGGAAUGCUUGCCAAUGGCAAGUCCUGAUGUUCCCUGACCUGUGUGCACACUGUCUUGACCUUGCAGAUUUUUAGUAUACUGCCAAGCUAUGGAUUGGACAAGAGGCGCCAUUAAAUACACAAAAAUUUAUUCUA